AUGGGUGACUGGAACCUGCUGGGCAGCAUCCUGGAAGAGGUCCACAUUCAUUCGACCAUCGUGGGCAAGAUCUGGCUUACCAUUCUCUUCAUUUUCCGCAUGUUGAUCCUGGGGGCAGCUGCUGAGGAUGUAUGGGAUGAUGAGCAGUCAGCAUUUGUGUGCAACACUGACCAACCAGGUUGCAAGGCAGUCUGCUAUGAUCGUGCCUUCCCCAUCUCGCUCAUUCGCUUCUGGGUCUUGCAGGUAAUCUUCGUCUCUGCACCCUCACUGGUUUACAUGGGCCAUGCCCUCUACUGCAUCCAAGCCCUGGAGAAGGAGCGCCAUAGGAAACGGAUACAGCUGAAGGAGGAGAUGGAUGAGGCAGAACUGGCAUUGGAUGAGCAUAAACGACUAGAGAGGGAGCUGAGGAAGCUGGACGAACUGCGAAAGGUAAAAAAGGCACCUCUUCGAGGCUCCCUCUUGAGAACUUACAUCAUUCAUAUCUUUACACGCUCAGUAGUGGAGGUGUUUUUCAUCCUUGGACAAUACAUUUUCUACGGUGUCCAAAUUCAGCCACUGUAUAAAUGUGAGAGGAUGCCUUGCCCCAACAGUGUAGACUGUUAUAUCUCUCGGCCAACAGAGAAGACCAUCUUCAUGGUUUUCAUGAUAGCCAUUGCUGGUGUCUCACUUUUCCUCAACAUUCUGGAAAUAUCCCACCUCGGCAUCAGGAAAAUAAAAAAGGCCCUCUUUGGACAGAGAUACAUGGAAGAUGACAGUUUAAUUUUCAAGUCAAAGAGGAAGGUAUCAUUGCCACAUCAUUGUGUGAUGAGUCACGUGUCACCUUACAUUGGACCUUUGAGUCAGACCUUCAAAGUAAUACCAGAAGAAGAUAUGAAGCCUCCUCAUUAUCCUGGGCUCAAAACAAGCCAUGAGUCUUCAAGGAACAACAGCAUGGCUUAUGUGGGGCACAUUCAGACCAACUACAUCUGCCCGCAACCCAGAAUACCAGGUCCAGAGGUACUCACAGCAAUAGUGGACCACCAUCUGGGUUUGGAAUCUGUGGUGUCUAAAGCAGAAGGAAGUGUAUUAACCCCUCACAAGGAUACCCAUCAGAGAGAACAUAUUGAUGCCAGCCAUUUAGAGGUUCUUCUGUGCGAUAGCGCUAAAAGACCAUCUUCUACCAACAAGCUUGAGGAUGAUCGCAGGGAGUCAGUGGGAAGUGAGGUCCUUGUACCCAAACCUCGAAAAGCCAGCUUUAUGUUCAGGCCACCAUCUGAAAGUUUGUCAUCAGUCAGUCGCUCAACAAGUUCUUCCUUACAUUCCUCUGAAGAAUCAGAUGAACUGGGCUCGCUGCAGGGGGACACGCUCAUGAUGCCGCCUGCCACGGGGCGAAGAAUGUCAAUGAGUGUGUUUCUGGAUAUUUCAUCUAUCAUGAAGAAGUAG